CAAAAAUGACUGAAACGGAGGGCAAGGACUGCCCUAUCGAGACCAUCGAGUCUCUCACCAAAGAAGCGGAAGCCCUAAAAAAGAAACUCGAAGACGAAAGACAAAAACUGAACGACAUCACUUUGGCAACGGUCGCCGAUCGCUUGGACAUCAUCAACUACAUGAACAUUAAACCGAGACGGACGCUGAAAGGCCACCAGGCGAAAGUCCUGUGCUCGGAUUGGUCUCCCGACAAGCGACACAUCGUGUCUUCCUCACAAGACGGUAAAAUGAUAAUCUGGGACGCGUUCACCACUAACAAGGAGCAUGCAGUGACCAUGCCGACAACAUGGGUGAUGGCUUGCGCUUACGCACCUUCCGGAAAUUUAGUAGCUUGCGGAGGUUUGGAUAACAAAGUCACUGUGUAUCCUCUGAGUUUGGACGAGGACGUGACUCUCAAGAAAAAAACGGUUGGGACGCAUACCAGCUACAUGAGCUGUUGUAUUUUUCCCAAUUCUGACCAGCAGAUUUUGACAGGGAGCGGCGAUUCGACGUGUGCCUUGUGGGACGUGGAGUCGGGGCAGCUGCUGCAGAGUUUUCACGGGCACUCGGCUGACGUCAUGAGCAUAGAUCUGGCCCCCUCGGAAACCGGGAACACGUUUGUUUCAGGGAGUUGCGACAAGAUGGUCUUAAUUUGGGACAUGCGCUCUGGUCAGUGUGUGCAGUCGUUCGAGGGGCACGAGUCCGAUGUGAACAGCGUCAAGUUCCACCCGAGCGGGGACGCAGUGGCCACUGGAAGCGACGACGCAACGUGUCGCCUGUUUGAUCUCAGGGCGGACAAAGAAGUGGCUGUGUACAGUAAAGAAAGUAUCAUUUUUGGGGUGAAUUCUGUGGAUUUUUCGGUCUCUGGGCGGUUGCUGUUCGCUGGGUAUAAUGACUAUACAGUGAAUGUUUGGGACACCCUUAAGUGUGUAAGGGUGUGUUUGUUGUACGGGCACGAGAACAGAGUUUCAUGCUUGCAAGUGUCGCCAGAUGGCACUGCGUUGUCGACGGGGUCUUGGGACUACACUCUCAGGGUUUGGGCUUAAUUGGUUGAAGAUUGUUGCACAUGUUUAUUGAAUGUUAGAGUAGGUUUGACGUGGCCAUUUUAGCGAGCGCCAUAUUGUCGCUAACAGUGUUUUUCGUGUUCUGAAGUUCGCAUUUACAGAUUCGCCUAAGCGGGAAUCGUGAUCUCAAUGAAUUCAUUUUUUACCACUUUUAUUUACACUUUUUUUUGUAAGAUAGCGAUGAAUGUAAUUUAUUUCGUAACUUAUCCGCUAAUAAAACUCCAAUCUCUGUUGUUA